AUGGUAGGUAUCAACACUCCCGACCAAACACGGGUCCAGAUUGAAAACGCUAUCGCCGCAGUUGCCGCUCCUGGGGGCAAGAUGGGAGACAACUUCCGGAUGAAACGUUCAGUCUGGGCAUGUCAUGACAACGUUUUGAACCAUCCCAAAGUUGGACCCUUUGGCUUGGGAAUGCCGGUCGGAACUUACCGGCCAGACGAUCGGGGAAUCGGACUGAAGACAGAAGCUCGUUUAGCUGGACGAAGGAUUGUCGUGUUUCCCAAAGACUGGUAA